AUGGCACGUGACUCGGUCAUCCCCUUCUCCGACAAUACUACACCAGGGGCUCAGGCAUCAUCGACAAGGCAACGUGUCGCCCAAGUUACUGGACACCUUGCAUCUCCCAAAGAAACGGAACAGGUGAACUCUUCUCCGUCGUAUCCUGUUUCACGACUCCAGCCCGACCUUCAGCAUCACAUCGAUGAUGUGCGUCCGCUUCGAGUCGCCGUCAUCGGCGCUGGCUUAAGUGGAAUCAAUGCAGGCAUUUUGCUUCCUGCGAAAGUACCUGGUAUCGAUCUUACCAUAUACGAGAAAAAUCACGAUGUCAGUGGAACAUGGCUUGAAAACAAUUACCCUGGCGUACGCUGCGACAUACCCGCGCACGUCUACCAAUCAACAUUCUCUCCCAACACCCAGUGGUCCGAGAUUUUUGCCAAAGGCUCCGAAAUUCGCGACUACUGGCAGUCGCGCGCAAGGAAACACGACGUUUACAAAUACCUGAAAUUUCGACAUCGUGUGGACGACGCAUCUUGGGACGACAACGAAGGGAAAUGGUCUCUCAAGGUACAUGAUCUGAACGCCAAUGUCACCAAAUUGGAGAUAUUCGACUUCGUCAUCACUGCCAUUGGCCGCUUCAAUGCUUGGAAACUGCCGGACUAUCCCGGCAUCGACAGCUACAAAGGUCACCUUCGGCACACAUCCAACUGGGAUCAGUCCUUUGAUCCGCAAGGCAAGACAGUCGCCGUGAUCGGCAACGGAGCAAGUGGGCUCCAGGUUGUGCCAAAUCUCCAACGUUGUAGCAAGCAUGUCACACAUUUCGCCCGCAACCCGACCUGGAUAGCAACUUCUUGGGCGGGCGACGAAAGAACCUUCGAGCCUCAGCCAUACACAGAAGAGCAGCUAAAAUUGUUUGAGGAUCCUCAAAAAUAUCUAGAGUACAGGAGGGACAUUGAAGAAAGAUAUUGGAGACGAUUUCGAGCAAUGGUCAGAGGCUCAGAAGAGAAUGAGGGUAUACGUGAUGUUUUUAUCGACGUUAUGAAGAAGCGGGCCGCAAAGAAGCCGGAAUUACUAGACGGGCUGAUUCCCGACUUUGCACCGCACUGCAGGCGUCUGACUCCUGGACCUGGAUACCUGGAGUCCCUGACUGAAGAAAACGCUGAUCUUGUGAAGACGCCCAUCAAGUGUUUCACUGAAACUGGUAUCGAGACGAUAGAUGGCACACAUCGUCAAUUUGAUGCGAUUCUGUGUGCUACAGGUGCGAACACCGACCUUGUACCACCAUUCUCAAUAAAGGCGCGAGGGGUGGAUCUUCGUGAAGCCUGGCGGCCAGAUGGCAAGUUCGGUUUCCCUUAUACAUACUUUGGGUACUCGACGCCGGGCUUCCCCAAUCUCUUCUUUCUCAUGGGGCCUCAUGCAACAGGCCCUUCUGGUACAGUCCCAUUUGCGGCCGAAACAGCUCUCACGUACUUCGCCAAAGCUCUCCGCAAGGUGUCUUCGCAAGGUUACAAGUCCAUCACGCCUUCAAAAGAAGCGGCUGAUGACUUCGUCGAUUACUGCGAUGCAUUCUUCCCAACGACGGUCCUGACUGACAAUUGCUCGUCCUGGAAUAAUGGCGGGACUCCAGGACAAAGAAUCCACGGCUUAUGGCCGGGAAGCGCAGCUAUGGCCACCAUUGCAAGACGCGAGCCGCGCUGGGAGGAUUGGGAGUUCGAACGCUUCAACAAAGUCAAUCGAUUCGCGUACUUUGGCAAUGGCUAUACUCGCAGCGAGCUCGACGAAAGUGCCGACUUAGUAUCAUAUUUGAAAGCCCCAGGUCAGGAGCCAGAUUUGAGGGAUGUACAUGAGAGCUGGUGGGACCUGCCAGGCGCAAGUAGCAAACCGUCGCAAUAGGCGACAUCGAUUAGCAC